CCUGCAGGAGAAGGUGCUGCACAACAUCAUGCCCAUCUUCACCUUCAUGGGGGCUAACAUCCUGCGGCUGGACGACGCCUACAGCUUCAGAGUCAUCGAGCAGACGCUGACCAUGGUCAUCCCUGCACUCAUACAGGCCCACCAGCUCUCUGAGGGAGGCUCCUCCCCCUCCCUGGUUGCCGUGGUGACGAGGAUAGUGCACGUGUUUGUGGACGCUCUCCCUCACGUCCCCGAGCAUCGAAGGCUGCCCGUUCUCCAUCAGCUGGUGCAGACGCUAAGCCCCGCCCCCUUCCUCUGGAUCCUCAUGCUGCUCCUCUUCAAGCUCCACGCCUCUUCCUCAACUGCAGUCAGCGGGAAGAAGGCCGCUCUGGAGAAUGACGUGGAGUUCUGGAUUUCUCUGUGCUGUCAGUUUGAUGUCAGUGAUCAGCUGACUUCGCUCAUCAACAUCCUCAACUUCCUGCUGCAGCUCCCUGAGGACAAAGACGACG